AUGGAGCAGAACAACGAUACAUUAGGUGUCGAAGAUGUUGUGUUUAUGCUGCUUGAAACAUUGAAGUCUAAUGGCACAUUUGAUGAAAUCCGUAGGCAUUGUAUUACUGAUAUCGAUGCUAAGCCAACUUACCAAAAUUGGAAACAGCGCAUAGAAUCAAAUGUCAACAAAUUUUUAAGUAAACAGAAAUAUACACCGGAAUUAAAUAAAAACACUGUUCGAGAACGUCUUAGAAAACAUUUACUUGAUGGACGUGAAACUCAGGAUAUUGAAGAAGGAGCUGAUAGAAUCCUUACUCAAGUACUUGCACCUCGUUCAUUAAGUAUUUUUGAACCUAAAAUAGCAGUUGCUGUUGAUGAAUACUUGGGAAUCAAAAAUGAAGCACCUCCAAUUGAAGUCAACGGAUUAAAAGAAUCUACUAUGAAUUCAAUAAAAGCAUCUAAUAUUGAAAUUAGCACUGUUCUUAAUCCUAAAAUAGAUUUUAUCCCAGAUGCUGAUAACAUCGCAUGUGAUACAACACUAAAAGGUGAUAGAAAAGACUUGAGAUCAGACAAAAAAGAAAAAUCUUCAAGUCUUUGUAAAGAGCCAAAAUCAUUAAACGGCAAUCAAAGUGAAGAUGAAAAUGAUGCAGGAGGAUCUUCAAAACAAAAAAGUAGCCAACACAAAAAUAAAACUUCUACAUCUGACAAGUCUAAGUCUUCCUCUAACAAUCAUAAAAGUAGUAAAAAAGAUAAUAAUUGUAAAGAAGUUGUUGAAAAAUCUAAAAAUCUAAUUGAAAAAUCUAAAGAUGUCAUUAAUAAGCCUAAAGAUGUCGUUAAUAAGUCCAAAGAUGUUAGUAAGCCUAAAGAUAUUGUUGACAAAUCUAAGGAUAUUGUUAAUAAGCUUAAAGAUGUUAGUAAGUCUAAAGAUACUGUUGAUAAAUCUAAGGAUAUUGUUAAUAAACCUAAAGACAUUGUUGAUAAACCUAAAGACAUUGUUGAAAAAUCUAAAGACAAUGUUAAUAAGCCUAAAGACAUUGUUGAUAAGCCUAAGGAAAAAUCAUUUUUGUCAAAGAAUUCUAAUAGUUCAAGUCAUAAAAGUAACCGAACAGAUAGGAAAAGAACUAAACGUUCCCUUGAAGAGAAAAAAAAAUCGUCUAGUCUUUGUAAAGAGCCUAAAUUAUUGAAUGGUCAUCGAAGUGAUGAUGAAAGUAAUUCAGGGGGAUCUUCAAAACACAAAAGUACUAUACACAAAACUAAAAGUUCUUCAUCUGACAAGACCAAGUCGUCCUCAAGUAAUCAUAAAAGUAGUAGAAGAGAUAAUAACAGUACAGACGUUGUUGAUAAGUCUAAAGACAAAUCUUUGUCAAAAAAUUCUACUAGUUCUGACAUUGAUAAGUUUAAAAAGAGAUCUUUGUCAAAAAGUUCUAGUUGUGUAGACAUUGUCGAAAAGUCUAAAAACAAAUCUUUAUCGAAGAAUUCCAGUAGUACAGAUGUAAUUGACAAUUCAAAAAUUAAAUCCACUUUAAUAAAAAAUACUAAGUGCACAGAUGUCGUUGAAAAGACUAAAGACAAAUCUUUUUCAAAGAAUUCUAGUAGCUCAAGUCAUAAAAGUAAUCAUACUGACACUAAAAGAUUUAAACUUUCUCAAGCUGAAACAAAUGAAUCACCUCCAAAUAAAGUUAGUGGUGAAGAAAUGAAACCAGAAGAACCAGAAAAGUCCGAAUGGAACGAAUUUCGAAAUUCUAUUAUGACAAAUGAUGAACAAGAUGCAGCAAAUGUAUUGUUAUCAAUGAGUGCAAUUUCUUAUGAAAGUUCUCAUAGUGAAAUUAUAACGGAAAAUAUAAUUUUUAUAGAAAAUUCUUCUCCUAUUAUUGAAACCUUAAAUACAACUAAAUCAGUAAAUGAAUUAGAAAUUGAAGAAAAUUCUGAUGAAACAAAAAUUCUACCAUCUAGUGAUAAUGAUGAUAUUAAAGAAAACUGUCAAUUAAAAUCAAAUAAUUUAGAAGCAUCACAGUCAUUAAAUGCUGUGAUAAGUAUAUCAAACAUCAACCAUUUGUUUGAGAAAGAAUGUUCUGUUGAUAUUGAAAGAUUACCAUGUACAGAUUUAAAAUUAUUACAAUAUAGCUCUGUUAAUAGUGUUGAAAUAACUGAAGAACACCAAAAACCAGAUGAAAUAGUAGUGGAUGAAAAAGAAUUAAAAAUAUUAAAUGAUGAAAUAAAUUUGGAAACAAGUGAAAAUGAAAAAAACAGUGAAUUUACUAAUUCUAAUGAUAUUUUAAAAGUACCAAAACUAAAAUUAAAACUAUUACCAAACCAAAUUGAUUCCAUAAAUAAAAUUAAAAGAAAAAAACAUCAUAAACAUAAAGAAUCUAAAAAAUUGAAACUUACAAAAUCAUUAGAUAUUCCUAUUGAAGUUAGUGUUUCUGUUAGUGUAUCAACAAAUAUAAAUAGUGAUAAAAUAGACCAAAAAUCUAACAAUGAAAUAGACGUAAUAAUGAAUGAUUCUGAGAGUACCUUAUCCAAUCAAAUAUUACACAAGGAAAUAGAAAAUAAUAGUGUAAAAGUGUUAGAUGAUGACGAAUCACUUUACACUUUCAAAGGAUUUUCUGAAGCAGAUGCUAUCCCAUGUAAAAACUAUAAACUAUUAAAAAAUGUGAUCAAAACCUUACAAAUACAGAUGAAUAAACAUGAUAAAAUUGAAAAUGGUUUCAAAGGUUUUACCAGUGCAGAAACAAAUCCGUGUAAACAUCGAGAUAAUGUUUAUGCAGAGCUAAUGAAGUUAAAAGAAGGUAAAUCCAGUACAGGCUUUAUAGGAUUCUCAGAAAAAGAUACUGCAAUGAGUAUUGGAUAUAAAUAUGUUGUUAAACAACUUGAACUUGCCAAAAAACAAAACAAUGUAGGUAAUCAUCAACAAAAUGUGAUGUGUGGUGGCAAUGGGAUCCAGAAAGGGAAAAUAUUUAAUGAAGUUAUGGCAGCAUAUUUAUAUAAAAGUAACAAUGAUAAUGAUGCAAAGUCAAAAGAGAAUUACUGCAAACCAAUUAAUGAUACAAAAAAAGAUAGUCCUACUGUGAAUAAUAACAACCACAAUCAUGACAAUUGGGUUGUUGAACAAGAAAUGAAAUAUAAACUUUUACCUGUAAAAGUGAAACUUGAAAGACUAAUGGAGUAUGAAUGUAAUAAUGCUAAGCGUGUGUCUGACUCUCCACAGGUACCCAUAUAA